UUCCUAAAAGUUGUCAUUAAAUGAAUAUCUAUUAAAUGAAUGGAUAUUGUGAAUAUUUUGGUGAAUGAGGGAGCAGCCACAGCCCACAAGUACAAGACCUACGGGCAAUGAGGAAGAUGGAACAUGGAGGUGGAAUCUAGAGUGGAUGAGAGCCUUGUUCGACUGGGAAAGGGAAGAAGCAGCAGAACUACAACAAAAGAUUGAUAGCAUGCAGAUAUACAAGGACAUCCCCUACACAUGGAAGUGGGAGCAUAGCAAGGAAGGCAACUACUCAACUAAAUCAGCUUACAAACUGUUGACAAAUGAAAUUAAUGGACUGGAUGCAGCUCCAAUACACAAGAGAGUGUGGAAUCCAAUCAUCCCAAGCAAAAUUUCUGCUUUUAACUGGCAGCUACUGCAGGAUAGAAUACCAACAAAGAGCAACCUACAAAAAAGAGGAAUAACCAUUGAAUUGGAUGAUGGAAUCUGCGCUUUAUGCGAGGAGGAGGUCGAGGACUCGAAUCAUCUCUUCCCGAGGUGCAAGGUGGCAAAGUGGCUAUGGAAGGCUUGUGGGAAAUGGUGGGGAACCUCUGUUAAUUUGGAAAAUGAUUGCUGGAAAACUUUUGAGCAGUUUGGAGCAUGGGCCAAAGAAAAACGAGUAAAGGAAGGCUGGGACUGUAUAUGGAACGUUGUGGUGUGGACCAUAUGGCUCGCAAGAAAUCAAAAGAUAUUCCAAGAAACCGACAUCAGCAAAAGUACAAAUUCUGCGUUGCAACAACUAAGGGUGCCGGAUAAAGAAGAAACUUACUUGCUUGUGAUUUCUAUCUUAGGACGUUAUCUUUUAGCAGAAAAUGAAAAUGUUAUCAACCGAGAACAGAAGCAAAUUUGCAGACUGCAUUACCUUGCUUACAUGGAAGUGGCAGACCCAAGGACAAAAGCGCUUUUCACUAGAGCUAUCAAUAUGCUCUAUGGUGGAAGAGGGGAUAGGGAUUGGAAUGGAUGGGGACAGGGCUUAGCGUGGAUUCCAUUUCGCCGGAGAAAUUUCAUUCAAAUGUUAAACUUUUCCUCAAUCCACAAUCCAAGGCAAGGCAAAAAAGGGGAACAAUUGCAGGGUUUAGCGUAUUCUAUCAGAAAUUCAAUUUUGAAGGAGAGUUUCCAGUUCCACAGAUAGGUCAAGCUUUUCUGCAAGAGCUUUUCUGCAAGAGGGAAGCAUGAAAAGGGGAAGACGUGUGUGAGCGGUAGGAGGACAGUUGUGGGACCCAUUGAAUGUACGAAAAUUAUAACUUCAAUUUUUAAAAAUGAUGAAUUCAAUCGAAUAAGAAUUAAAAAUAAUU